CAGCAACGGGAAGAAGCAGACGAGGAAGUUGUUGUUGGCGAAGGAGGAUUCGAUUGGCACUCCCACCCACCCGCCACAAGGCCACACGUCUGGUGACACCAACCAAUACAGCAAGCAACGGCAACCAUGAGCAGCAACAGCAUGGCGGCCAUGAUGGAGGCCAAGAAGGCAGCAGAGCAAGGGAGACAAGAACAGCUGCAAACCCUGGCGCGAUUCGAAUCCGGCGAGGAGGUGGAGUUCAAGGUACACAAUGCGCCGCGAGGCUACAGGUUGAAGAAGAAAGACCUGCCCAAGCCCAAGAAGAACCGGAAACGCAUGGUCAAGUUUCCAGACACAGACCUGCUCAUGGACUGCAUCGUUGAGGGCGACAUGGCCACCGUCGAGUCCCUCCUUGAGCAAGGCGCAAAUCCCAACGACACAGACGGCGACGGCAUGACCCCGCUCCACAGAGCGUGUGUGGAAGGCCAGCUGCGAGCGGUGACACUGUUGCUAAAUGCCGGUGCAAAUGUCAAUACGCUCGAUCACGACUGGUGGACGCCGUUGCACGCAGCCGCAGCAGCAGGUGGUGCGCGCAUCUGCUCGAAGCUGAUUGCCUCUGGAGCGGAUGUGACGCUUGCAAACGCAGACGGCGAUCUUGCACUGGACGUGGCAGACGACGAGCGAACAGAGGCCAUCAUCGAGCGUGCCCUCGAAGACCAGGGGCUCCUGGACAAUCUGGACGAGUUGCGUCAUGGCACGGCGCGCAAGAUGCUGCGGGAUGUGAAACGUUUGAUCCGCAAAGGACGCAACCUCAACGCUCCAAUCAACGACAACGACGCCACACUGCUUCACGUUGCGGCGUGCAACGGUUUUGAUGACGUGGUGCGGCUGCUGGUUGAUGCGCCCGGUAUUGAUCUGAAUGCACAGGACGCCGACGGCAACACCCCGCUCCACCUCGCCGUUUACUUCAGACAGUAUGAGAGCGUGAUGAUUCUGGCGCUGCGUGGCGCAGACACACACGUUGUGAACAAGCAGAACCAGAAGCCAAUUGUCAUGACAGAGGACGAGGUGAUGAUCAAGACGCUGGUCGCUGUCGACAAGAACAGCCACUACUUCCUCACCUCCGACGACACGAGCGACGCCAAGAGCAUCCUGCCAACCGGCACCACCAACUUCCUUCCCCGCCGGCGAUCUGGCUCCGUCAGCCACCGCCCGCGCUCACAGGCGCGCGAGGCCUUACACGCCGACGCAUUUGACGAAGCGCAACGGCUCGGCGCAGCGUGACACCCAGGCGCUGUUCUCGUGUUUGGUUUGUCUUGUCUCGUUCUGCGUCGUGUUUGGUUUGUCUUGUCAUUUUGGCGACAUGCGUUCCUUCUCCUUUCCUGCCUCAUGUCAUUCUCCCUUCGUUGAUGCAAGCGUGUGCGUGAUUGUUUGGCCUGGCUGUACCAGGAUGUGCAUGUGCAUGUGCGUGUGCGUGUGGAUGGAACCGCGAGUUCCCUGUCGAUAUUCGCGUGCGUGGUUUGGGGAUUUGUUGUUGUCGUUUAUCAUUACGGUUGUGGAGCCUCCCUUAUCUUCCCCACGCAUGUGCACACGCAUAAAAGGUAUCACAGAACGGAA